CGAAUCAUUCAGAUCUCAGUCGGUUCACUGAAAAGAUCCGAUGCACCCGGCGUUUGAAACACGAGCCCUGGUUGGCGUAGUGCGCAGGCGCAGAGCGUUCCACGCGCACGCGCAAACCGAGCUGUAAACAGCGCGAGCCUUCCAGAGCGUCCGCGCGACUCACACUGAUAUAAACGUUUAAUAAAUCACACAUGCACAUCUGCGCGCUCCCAUCGCGCUCGGCGCCACUGUUCAGCUGAUAGAUGGUAGCCGCAGCAGCAGAAGCAUGGACGCGGUCCUGAGCAGGUUGAAAGGUCUCACUGCUGACGAGUUGAGGGAGGAGAUCAUUAAAGCCAACCUGAAAUGUGGCCCCAUCACUGCCACGACAAGAGCCAUAUUUGAGCGUAAGCUUGCCAGGACUCUGGUGGAGAACGCUGGACUUAGCGAGCGCGACAGCAGUGGUGCUAACGGUGCCUCGUUGGACAGUUCAGUGCAGCCCUGUGCCACAUCAGCAACCCAAGACUCGGUCACAGGCGAGGAUGGGGAUUUUGGAUACGGCAUGGGCCUUAACCCACCUGAGGAGGAGGCUCUGAGUGGAACGGUUUGCCCUUGUAAUGUGGAGAAUUCACAGUCGGAGACACAGACUCCCUUGAAAACCGCACAGGUGUCGCCCACCUUUUUCUACGGAGUGUGUCCGUUGUGGGAGGAUGUGCUGGCUAGGAAUGAGAGAGCCCAUGUGUACACGGAUAAGAAAGAGGCUUUGCAGGCUGUUAAAAUGAUGAAGGGGGCUCGGUUUAAAGCUUUCUCCAAUCGCGAGGAUGCUGAGAAGUUUGCCAAAGGCAUAUGUGACUACUAUCCUUCGCCUAGUAAAAGCGCUCCCUGUGUUUCUCCUGUCAAACCUGGCCUGCUGUUUUGCAAAGACCACCCGUCUAUGAUGGAGGCAGACACAAUCAACAGGGAGAAGGCGAACAGUUUUAAGAGCCCUCGGACGCAAGAUUUGACCGCCAAGCUGAGGAAGGCUGUGGAGAAGGGAGAUGAGAUGGCCUUCACCGAGCUGGUGUGGAGCAACCCUCGUUACCUCAUCGGGUCAGGGGACAACCCUACUGUAGUCCAGGAGGGCUGCAGGUAUAAUGUGAUGCAUGUGGCUGCUAAGGAGAACCAGCCAGGCAUUGCUCAGAUCCUGCUGGACACUCUCGAGAACCCAGAUUUCAUGCGGCUAAUGUAUCCAGAUGACCAGGAGAGCAUGCUGCAGAAACGCAUCCGAUACAUUGUAGACUUGUACCUUAACACGCCAGAUAAAGCUGGAUUUGAAACGCCGCUCCACUUUGCAUGCAAGUUUGGCUGUCCAGGGGUGGUGAACAUACUCUGUUCUCAUCCAGAUAUCGACAAGAACUGCAAGAACAAGUACAACCAGAAGCCCUCUGAGGUCGUUUGUGAAAGAAUGAAAGAAAAGGGUAAAAUUCAAGAGGUCAAACAGAAGAUAAAUGAAUAUUUGGAAGAUCGAUUAUACAUCCCCUUAUUGAGAGCUACUGAUAACUCCUCCCAACCCGUGAUUGGUGCACCGUGGUCCCCUGAGCCAAUGGAAAAUCUGUCACCACGGUUACCCAGAAGCCCAAAGAAUCCAGUUAUGGCAGUCAGAGCCUUUGCUGGACCUUUAAGUCCUUCUAAAGCAGAUGAGUUCAGACGAGCGUGGAAGACUCCUCCCAGAGAACGGGCAGACCAUUUCCACAACAUCCUCAAGUCUGACCCAGACCGUGGAGCAGAAAGAGUUGGCAGAGAUCUGGCCCAUGAGCUCGGUCACCCCUGGGCAGAGUACUGGGAUUUCCUGGACAGUUUUGUGGACCUGCAGUCAAGCGAAGGCCUGAAAGUGCUUGAAGAAUUCCUCAGUAAAAAGGACUUCAGGGAGCGAGCUCACGAGGAAGCUGGAGAGAACGAAACCAGCAACAGGUUUAAAACCCCAUCUCCGGGCAAACUGAAGAAGUUCUGUAACUCCAUCUCUGUGGGGGCAUUUUUGGACGAGGGUGACGAUAUCAGCCUGGAGGAGAUCAAAAACAGGCAGAACGCUGCCCUCACCAGUAUUUCUUCUGUGUGCUCCAAAGAUGGCCUGCAGGGGGCGGUAGGGGGGCUUGAGUUUCACAUCCUACCAGUCUCCCACAGUGCUGACCUCAUCGAGAUGGCGGCGGAGCAGGAUCUACUGCUCUCCAGCAGUAAAAACGGCCUGUGCUGCGAGCAGGGCCCCGGGGACAGGACUCCAAACGGGGACAAAAUGUCCCCUCGCAUCUGUGGUCCAUCAGAUUCCUGCAUUUUGUCGCCAAUCUCAAACCUAAUGGCUGAGUUUGAGAGGAUGUCUCUGCUGGAUGAGCCAGAUAGGACAAACAGGGAAAGAAGAAGAAGCGGAGGGAAACGUCACAGAGACGCCCAGGCCACGGAGCUCUCCUCUGGACUGGGCCACCUCUCUUUGUCCUCGGAAGAAGACUCCGUGUUUGAUAAAGACAGGACGUCUGCGUUACGAGCAGCAGAGAAUGAUGGAUUGGAGAGAAGAAAUGAAGUAGAUGCGAGGUCCAGUGCCAGUUCAGAUGAAUACUUACUGGCCAACGAAAGAUUAGAACCUAUAAACCAACGGACUAUAGAGACUCCAGGGGGUGAGCGCACGAUCUGCGCUAGAUCAAAGUCCUGGGAUCAUGGGGGAAGAGACCUCAGCUCCUCUGGGUCUUCCAGCUCCUACAGAUCACUUGACGGUUCUCAGGACUUCAUACUGCGGACUCCUCCGAGAGUGACGAAAAGACUCUUCAUCGAAGGGGAUUCGCCCACCAAGUUGGACAGAGAAGUUCUGUCAGCUUUAGGAGGCGCAGACAUUGACCCUCUGAAGUAUCCCGGCAUUAACAAAUGGAAGAGCACAGUUCAGACAUACUCCCACUUAGAAAUGCAAAGCUGGCAGACUCCUGCGGUGUACAAGAGCCAUUUGAGGGCUCAUCCAGUCACCCCUGGCUCUCCAGCCGGCGGCUUGAAGUCCCCCGCGGGUCGCUUCAGCCCAGCCCGUCACAUGAGCUCACCGGACCUCUGCAGCCCGGCACACUCCAACUACAGUCCCGUGAGCUACAUCCAGCGGAUCCGACUCAAACAUUUCGGCAACUCCCCCAUUUAACAGAUACUCCCCAUCCCAUCCGGCCCCAUUUCUACCAGUUAGCAACUGAAAUAAUAAGCGAAUAUGGGAUGAAACGUCACAGAGGAGAACGGUGUCACAACGGAAGCCAUGAAAUGCUCAAAUUGGACUCCUAGUGCCGUGCAAACCGCGGAUAGGAUCUCGCAAACAGGCCGUCAUUCAGUUUCUCAAAUAAUAAUAUGCACAUCUCCCGGGGGGUUCCCGAAUCAUAAUAGAAAUCGAAAUAUUGGGUACUUCUGUGUAUGACACCCAGUGUGUUGAUCUGUGAUGGACUUUUUCUAACCUUUUUUGUUUUCUAUUUUCUUUCUUAUCUGUGUGUGUGUGUGUGUGUGUGCGUGUGUGCGUGCGCUUGGGAGAUGUAUCUGGAAUUAUAAAACUGUGUCUUGAAUGUAAAUGAACAAUUUCCCACUUAACACAGUCAUUUAAAUUAGGGGGGAAAAUAGCUCCAAGCUAAAUUAAAAUAACGUGGUAGUAAAUUAUUAAAUUAUUUUUGCUAGUUAACUGUCAGUAGCACAAAUUACUCAUUUUAAUGGUUUUUAAUGUUAAAAAAGAAAAACGUCAGCUGACUGCCAGGAGUUAUUUUUAUUCCUUGAUUGGAGAACUGCCUUAAAUUUCUAAAAGAAAAGACCAAAUUCUGAAUCUCAAAAGCAGGUGUUGAUUCUUGCUUAUCUAAUAGCAGCCUUAGGUGUUGGGGGGGUAAGCAAGAGGUCUAUAACGUGUAAGUAUUCCCUUUUUAAGUUUAAUAAAUGUGAGUUAUCAUUUCUAUGUAUGCAUUUGUUUGCACUUUUAAUUCUUUUUGGAGUUUGACAGUUCACCGUGAGCAACAGAUGAGACUCGGUUUGUCAGAAAGACAUGAAUCUGUGUAGUUUGAGCCGUGCCACUUUCAAGCACAUGCAGAGUUGAUGAUCGAUAACGAGUGUGGAUGGCAAGUCUGUACCGUCUUGUUCCGCUCAUGUCAUAAAGACUUGAUGAGUGUAGAUCCAGAGUGUUGUAAGUGCACUUUAAAUGUGUCAGAAAAGAUAAUUUUCCUUCAUCCCAUCAUAAAUGGCCAACAUUUUAAUCUCAAUGCUUUGUAAAUGGAUCCAUUUGCCAGAUUCAGCCCAUUGAUUUUGGAAUCAAAGCUACAUGACUCGAAGCAGAACAGCUCCCGGUAGCUCAGCUUUAUGUUAUGAAUUAUCACAAGGAAUCGAGUCCAGAACAUCCUCUGUGGUACUUUCAGAUCAUGUGAUCUAUUUCUUUGGUGCCCAUCAGUCUCAGUGUAGUGCUGGCCUGUUGAUCUUUGCUUCGUAAAGCUUUAGUGCCUUUGAUUAUGAUCUGUUUGGAACAUACAAAACACAGAUGCACUGACCACAUACAAGCCGAAUAGACCUUUUUUUCUGUUUCCUAGGAUAUAAUACAGUACAGUAGCAUUGGCAUAUGCAGUGUCUGAAUACCUCUUAAAAACAAUUGUAAGAGAAGAAAAAAGGUUUACAGUUUAGUUAUUGCUAGUGUUGUAUCAAUGCCAGCCUUACUUUUUGUUAAACGAUGCUUUGUAGUGCCAACACUGGUGAAUUGAAAAUGAGUUGCAGUUUGUUGAGAAUUGAAUUAUUUUUGUUGUCCUGGCCUUUACGUUGCAUGCAUUUCUAGUCCUAUUUUAUUACAGUAUGUGUUAAAGAAGAGUAUUUGAUGUUCUAUUGACGAACAAUAAAUAAAGUGCGCAGUCUUGUAACUUUA